AUGGCUGACUCUCCUCCACCCACUCCUUCUGACGUUCCAUUGCCUCCUUCACUGGACACUUCUGACUGGGACCGGUCGACAACUCGGGAAAACACGCCUGCCUCGGACGUGCCACCUGAUCCACCUACCACGCCGAAAAUGGGCAAAAUAAAUUAUAAAAUCGCCAAUACUACUCCUUACCAUGCACAGACAAGCGUUUCCGGUGUGUCUAAAUAUGAGUCGGGGAAGAGGAAGGGAGAAUUCUAUACCUCCCUCUACGGUGCUGAGGCUGGCCAGCAUCAGCAGGGCGCCUUCAGCAUGGAUAGCUUCUUGGAAUUAUGUUUCUCUGGCGUGAUUACGGAAGAUGUAUUCUCCACUUUCAAGGACGACCAAGUGGAAGAGCUGCAGCGGCGGCUAGCCGCUGUGAACCCGGGGCCCGUCCACAACAGGGAAAGACCGAUGUAUCCAUUGAUCAUUCCUGCCCUACAAUAUAUCUUCACGAUCUUUAAAGAUCUCGCGGAUCACGCCACCCUCCAGCCCUUGGUGGCCCACGACGUAUCACGGGCAUACCAGAAGGGCGACGAUGACCUCCACUCUAUUGCCCCCGACCUGGUUAUAGACGUGGGCGAUGAAAGGUCAGAGCCAGGGCAGUGGACACAUGCACUGGGUCUUAUUGAGGUGAAGGCGGACAAAGAGAAGGAUCCAGCUUUCAAUAACGUUAUCCCGAAGCGCAUGAACACUCAGCAAGUAGAAGCUUGGAGCCAGAUCCAGGAAUACGGUGCGGUCGCCUUUCAGGCUCGACCACGCUGCUACUUGCUUGGCAUCGGCUUCUACGACGACAUCGCCCGAUUCUACCGAUGGGAUCACUCGGCAGUUAUUUUCUCGACAUCCUUCAAUUACAAGGACGACUGCGCACCCCUCCUGCGAUUUCUCUACGGUUUUGUGUUUUUUGGAAACAACAACAACAUGGGUGUUGAUGCCACAAUCACUCGUCCCCUGCCCAACAAUCAGGGGUUGUCCUUGGCCCUUCUAGAACGGAUAUAUCGCAAGGCUCGAGAGGAGAAAGUCAUCGCUCGUGCGCACAAGGUUGACCAAAAUGCUCUAUUAUCUCAGAGCCUGACUAUGGUAGUUCCCCCAAGCCUAGACCAUGCGAAGCAGGAGAAUUAUGUUACUUUGAGUAGCCCGCUCUUCUCCUCACGAUCUCUCUUCGGCCGCGGCACGAAGACCUGGUUGGCUGUGCCAGCGACAUUGAUAGACUCGGCCUGCCCAUCCGGCGAAGAGCUUGAGCACGCAGUAGUAAUCAAGGACUACUGGCGAGAGGUUGAUCGGCUCACCGAGAAGGAGAUUUACGACCGGAUCCACGCGGGAGGCCAUGUUGUCGGUGUAGCCCGCUGCCGAACGGGGUUUGACGUGGACUCAGUGGAUGAUACCACCACACAGCAGAUACACAACACUUGCGUGUCGAGAGUCAAUGCAUUGCUUCCCGAGGCCAAAUUUUGCGAGCAUAAACAUUAUCGAUGCAUUCUGGAGUCGGUCGGUAUCCCACUGACUCGAUUUCGUUCAACUCGUCAACUCCUCGAGGCCGUGAGGGACGUCGUGAAAGCUCUCCGUGACUUGGCGAAGAAGGGUAUCCUACAUCGCGAUAUAAGUGUCCACAAUAUCAUGAUUAGCGCUCUGCCGGAAAGGGAGCACGGCGCUGUAGGAUUUCUUAUUGAUCCUGAUCUUCGCCGGAUAACGGGAACCAUUCAAUUCAUAUCUCUGAAACUCCUGACGGCCAAGAAGUCGAUUGUUCACGAAGAUUGGCAUGACCUCGAAUCCGUUUUCUGGGUUCUCCUCUUCACUGUCGUGCGGCAUGUUAGGACGAACCUGAUAAAGGAGGAUAUUCACGAUAUUUUCGACGGCACCAAGGGCAAUGGCAGGUCCGCAUGGAUUCUGGGGAUGUCAUGGGAUACUGUGGAAGUAGAAAACCAUCCUCCCCUUACCCGUUGCGUCCACGAGCUUGCUAGACUGGUUGCUAGCCACUAUGGUCUCAUUACGGCAAACCUUCUUACCCAUGACGCCGUUUUGAAAGCUUUAGAUGACGCACUCGUCGCUCAAGACUGGCCGAAGAAGGACCCCAAGGCACUGGAGUUCCAGCGGACGUUUGACGAGACCACGCAGAUGAAUCGGUUCACGGGAGUCCAGGUUGCAUCCACGAUGCGCUCCUCGCAGGCCAGCGGCCUGUCAGGGCCGAGCAUACAUCAGAUGUCUCAGCAGAGUGGUUCCCGUAAACGCAAGGCUGACACUGAAAAGGAGUAA